AUGAGAAUCCACAGCCUCUUCCUGCUCUCCUUCCUUCUCCUGGCUGCUCAGGUGCUCUCAGAAAAGGUCAGAAAGAAAGCCAAGAAUGCACCACAGAGUAUAACAGAGGAGGGUACGCCUGUCCCCUUGGGCAAGGCCCAGAAUAAGGAGCGAAGCAAGACAUCCAAAUCCACGACCCACGGCAAGUUUGUUACCAAAGACCAAGCCACCUGCAGAUGGGCUGUGACUGAGGAGGAGCUGGGCAUCAGCCUGAAGGUCCAGUGCACUCAAGCAGAUCAUGAGUUUUCUUGUGUUUUUGCUGGUGAUCCAACUGGAUGCCUUAAGCAUGACAAAGACCAGAUCUACUGGAAACAAAUUGCCCGCAUGUUGCGCAAACAGAAGAAUAUCUGCGGGAACUCCAAGAGUGUCCUCAAGACCAGAGUGUGCAGAAAGAAGUUUCCAGAGUCUAACCUCAGACUGGUAAACCCCAAUGAACAUGGAAACAUGAAGCCCAGGAAGGAGACAGCAGUGGUCUCCCGCAGAGAGCACAAUAAGGUCCAAGAAGCUUCCUCCAUGGAGCCAAACAAGGUCAAAGAGGACAUCGCCCCCAGUCCAGCUGUGACCAAGACUGUGGCCAUCAAAGAUCCAGAGUGUCUGGAGGAUCCAGAUGUGCUCAACCAGAGGAAGGUUGCCCUGGAGUUCUGUGGGGAAUCUUGGAGCUCCUUGUGUACGUUCUUCCUCAACAUGUUACAGGCCACAUCAUGCUAAUGAAGUCAGAGGGAGCAGCUUGAGACAUGAGGUGUCAGAGCCCUGGUUUCUGCUGCAAAGCUCCCCAAGUUCCCCCAAAAGAUACAAACUGUUGUGCUACCA